CGCCCUGGGCCCGGAAGGGUGAUGUGGCUGGGGCUUCGCCGGCCUCACUAUGUCUGCCAUUUUCAAUUUUCAGAGUCUGUUGACUGUAAUCUUGCUGCUUAUAUGUACCUGUGCUUAUAUCCGAUCCCUGGCGCCUAGCCUCCUGGACAGAAAUAAAACUGGAUUGUUGGGUAUAUUUUGGAAAUGCGCCAGAAUUGGUGAACGGAAGAGUCCUUAUGUUGCAGUAUGCUGUAUAGUGAUGGCCUUCAGCAUCCUCUUCACGCAGUAGCUUGGAAAGAUACCUGAAUUUAAUUGCCAUCGGAUUUCAAUAUAAAAAGGGGACUUAUCUGCAGAAAAUAAUGGAAAGAAUGGUUAACUUUUAUCUCUCAACAUUGAAUGAGAUAAAUUCCCAGCUGCUGUUCUCUAUUUUGUUAUUGGACCAAUGUUCUAUAUAAUUAGGAUGUAACCGUUUAAUAUUCAAAGAGUUUGUAACAAUCAGUCUCAGUACUGUCACUACAAUAUUACAUUCUGCAAAUGUCAUUUUGUUGUGUCCGAUACCAGUUUUUAGUGAGGUAUCUCUAAAGGCACUUAGGAAAAAAAAAAUGGUAAAUUGAUUCAAGUUUCUUUCACUGUGAUUUGGAAGUGAUACAUCUUUGUGGAAUGAAACCAUAUAUUGGACUAGCUUUUUUACUGGGGAAAAAAGUUCAAUUUGUGUAAAUAAGGAUUGCAUUCAUUUAAUAAUACUUGCUUUACCUCUGGCCACACUAUUUUGACCAGUAACCAGAGUACCUCUACUCUUAACGAACUCUGUAGUUUAUUACAGGUUUUUAAACUAUUUAAAGUAAGCCUAUGCAGGUCUAAGGAGGAAGAUAAAUGAGAUGUGACUUAAGAAUAUUGCUGGGAAGGUGUUCAUAUUUAACAUAAAAGGGUUUAGAAUAGCUGGUUGUUGCAGUAGCUUCUGCAACCUCUCUGGUUAAGUAUGGAUAAGUGUCUUAAGCAUAAAUUUGACCAGCUGUUAUUCUCCAAAUAAAACUACAUUCUUAGAAUGAAAAGAGCAAAAUAGAACAAUUAUAAAAUGAUAACCGUGUGUUUUCAUUCUUUUUGGAGUCAGGUCUCCACUUAUUUUAAUUACCCUAAAAUGCAAACUGUAUUUUUGUUGUUUUUUUAAUACAGCACUUUGAAUCUA